CUUCCGUUCACUACAGCUGAGCUGUAUCAGCCUAUCGGGAAAAGCCUGGAAUGUUUUUGUCAAAACGUGGCCAAAAUUAACAUUUAUCCAUAAUGUCACAGCUACUGCUUUUCACGACCUACGUGAAUAAACGCUUUGCCACUGCCGCUGGAGAGAUAUUUGAUAUUUUUUAGCUAAUAAUUGCAGCGUACGAAAAAGAAGCUUAUAGUUUACAGAAGCAAGGAAAUAAGAUGCCUGCGAGGGGAGCUAUUGGAUUCUGUGUCAUAGCAGAAAACAGAGUACAAGAGAAAAAAUUGGAGAAAUUCCCUUGAGGCACAUUCAUGUGAAUGGCAGUCAAAUAGAACCACUGAUCAUCUGGAUUCAGGGCUGUUUUAUAUUAAACAGGAAGCCGUCUGGUUCGUUCCACAAGAAGAAAACUGGGUCUGAAAUGAUUGACCUUGUGUGUGCCUUGGGAGCGAAAUGUGCAAGACCGUGACUGUUUUACAGAUCUGCAAGACUAAGAUGGAGGAAGUGGAAAUUGAGUCAUUGCCACCCCCCGUUGCCGGAACAGAACAAUCGACAUUCUUGGAUGUAAGACAAGAUGCACAUAAAACGGAGUAAAACACUUUUUUCCCGCAGGCAUCAGUGACGGAGGAUUGUUGUUGUCAUCUUUGUGACAAAUCUUUGUGCCACCAUCAUCACUUGGUAAAUUACGCCUUGCAGAUUCAUUGGAAGGACUGCGCCGUUAGUGGCAAAGUAGUGGACUCUCCAGAACUUCUUGCUGAGCACCUCCAGUCCCAUGGGGGCUCCAAGACAUGCUCGACAUGUGGCAAGCGCUGCAGCAGUGUGAGUGCGCUGGCUGAAAAUAUGACCGGACACAUGGGUGCCAAACUGCACUGCUGCCACGUGCGAAGCAAGGAGUGCAGCCGCAAGGUAGACCUGAGGAUUCACACUGGUGAGAAGUCCUACUUUUGCGCGCACUGCUGCAAGUGCUUCACACGCAGUGGCCAUCUCAAGAAGCACCUGUUGAUGUGCACAGGCGAGCGGCCGCACACGUGCGAUGUGUGCGGGCAAAAAUCACUUGCGCUGGCAUCUUGAAUAACUCGUUCUUCAGGCACACUUUUUUAUUUUACUAUAAUGCUGACCAACACGUGAAAGAAAAAUCGAGAGGCCGCAACCACACAUGAUCAUGAAUUCCAUGUCAUACGAUGGAUCUUGGAAAGCCGCAGUGCCCUCCUGAUCAAAAUCUCUGACGCCGCAUAGCAGACGUGCGCUUGGGACACAAAGUGCAACCAUGACUGCCAUCAACUCACCUAGAGACAAAUACAAUGCCGUUUGGAUUAUCUUUUUCAUCCUGGGCUUGGGAACCCUCCUGCCGUGGAACUUCUUCAUGACCGCCACUAUGUACUUCACCAGCAGACUGAAGGACCCGCCCAGCGGACCCUCCACAAAUCAGACUGGCAACAGCACGUUAGACGGCGGUGACUCCCGCAAUGUCCUAGAGUCAAAGUUCAACAAUGUGAUGACACUUUGCGCUAUGGUGCCUCUGCUCAUCUUCACCUGCCUCAACUCCUUCAUUCAUCAGAGGAUUCCUCAGAAGCUGCGCAUCUCUGGUAGCCUGUCAGUCAUCCUGGUGGUCUUCCUCCUGACUGCACUGUUGGUAAAGGUGGAUGUGGCCCCCUUGCCCUUCUUCACCAUCACUAUGAUCAAGAUCAUCUUCAUCAACUCAUUUGGGGCAAUUCUACAGGGCAGCCUGUUUGGACUGGCAGGAAUUCUGCCCGCCUCGUACACCACACCCAUCAUGAGCGGACAGGGCCUCGCCGGGACGUUUGCUGCCUUCUCCAUGAUCUGCGCCUUGGCCUCCGGCUCGGCUCUGCGGGACAGCGCCUUUGGCUACUUCAUCACGGCCUGCUUUGUUAUUCUUGUCGCCAUCGUCUCCUACCUCACCCUGCCCAAGAUGGAAUUUUUCCAGCACUACAUGGACAGCAAUGGAUCCAGGUCAUCUGCUGACGAAGAGAACAAGAUGGACCUUCUCAAACAAGAGAAUGCAGAGAAGGUUCCGGUGGUGAGUCUGACGGAAGAAGACGGCACAGGGGGCGUGUCUGUGUUGAAAAUUUUUCGCAAGAUCUGGGUGAUGGCUCUGUCCGUGUGCUUCAUCUUCACCGUCACCAUCGGGACAUUCCCAGCCGUCACCGUCGAGGUCAAGUCUACAGUCGCCAACGGAGGCAGCUGGGAAAUGUAUUUCAUCCCCGUAUCCUGUUUCCUCCUCUUCAACGUGAUGGACUGGGGUGGCCGCAGUCUAACAGCCUUCUCUAUGUGGCCUGGCAAAGACAGCCGGUGGCUCCCAGCUCUGGUGGUCGCACGGGUGGUGUUUGUGCCGCUGUUCAUGCUGUGUAACGUGCAGCCUCGCUACUACCUGCCCGUGCUGUUCUCGCACGACGCCUGGUAUAUCGUCUUCAUGGUCCUUUUCUCCUUCUCCAACGGCUACCUGGCCAGCCUCUGCAUGUGUUUUGGACCCAAGAAAGUGUCGCAGCACGAGGCGGAGACGGCGGGGGCCAUCAUGGCCUUUUUCUUGUCCUUGGGUUUGGCGCUAGGGGCCGCCAUCUCCUUUCUCUUCCGAGCCAUUAUCUAAAAUGGACACCGUCGCAUAGAUACAACGCACGCGCACACAUCAGUAUUCUCAUCCUCUUUUACAUCCUGUGAUGGCAGAAGAAGACCUCGCCCUCACCAUGGCAACCAUAUAAGCUAAAAAAGCGACUGACACCUCUCAGUUGACUGGUUGGUUCCCAGCAUGCAACAUGAUUACCAUCGUUGACUUUUUUUUUUUUUUUUAAAUAAUGACCGACAACUGACGAGUUACACCAGAAGAGCCUUCUUUGUAUUUUUUUCGACACAUUUUUAUGGAUGAGGCUUUAAGGUUAAUUAUUAUUUUUUAGACUUUUUUUAUUAUUACAUUUUUUACGCCAAAGACUUGUUCAAAGGAGUGAUUCAAGGCCACCUUCAGGAGAAUCAAAAUAUUUGCAAACAUGUUUUGUAACUCUACAAAAAGGCACAAUUUCCUGAGAAUGCAGUAGUAAUAUUAAUAGACAACUGUGAGAAUGAAGUGAUACAGUGGGGAGAACAAGUAUUUGAUACACUGCCGAUUAUGCUGGUUUUCCCAC